UUCUGUCUUUGACAGGAGUACUCUGCCAUUAGACGAUGCGUGUUACAACCUACCUUGCUGUCUAUGAGCUUGUUUCAUCCACCUAGCAUGCCAGAGCUAGCUUGUCUCGCAAAGAUUGCUCUUGUUCUACUAGGGUGAUGCAUCUGUAGCAAAGCAGUCUGGUGUGAUCACAGGUCACUAGUCCUGGGAGGAAGCAGCCAAGAAGAGAGAAAAUGGACAUCGCGAAGCUUGCAGGGGUUGAUGCAGUCAAGCUUGUCGUCAUGAUUGUGCAGGCAGCUCGGACUGCUCGCCAUAACAAGAAGACCUGCCAGCAGCUUGUUCAGCAUGUGCAAAUAAUUGGUGACCUGCUGAGAAAGUUGCAGUCUUCAGAGAUGAUGCAACAACCAGAGAUCAGGAAUGGACUGAACGAGCUCGAGCAGAUCCUACGUGAAGCAUACAUGCUUGUCACGUCCUGCCAAAACAACAACUAUGUAUAUCAUCUUUUCAUGGGCGGGAGGCAGGCAGAUCAGUUCCGAGUUCUGCAGAAUAGAUUGAACUCAUGUCUCCAAGUUUUCCCACUGAUCAGCCAUAUCGACACCGCAGAUCGCCUGGACCAAAUUCUAGAAAUCAUACGGCCUCCACAUUCGCAGGCUGUAAGAGAGGUGCCGAGACUGUUUACAGGUUGCUCAUCCUGUGAGACAAGGACUGAAGUAUACCGUGAAGUUAAAAGGCGCUCUAUCCAAAUGAAUUGUGCUGAGGCACUCAAAUUCAGUUUAGCCCAGUUGAUUGAUGCUACAAACAACUUCUCUGAUGAGAAUCAAAUUGGACAAGGUAGCUUUGGUUGUGUUUACAAGGGUCAACUGCAUGACGGACAUGUGGUUGCUGUCAAAAGAUGUUUUGAUUUACCUUCUUCACCUAAUCAACUGGAUGUCCAAGAUUUGGAGUUUCAAAACGAGAUUUACUUUCUUACGAAGCUUCAGCAUACCAAUAUAGUUAAGCUUCUUGGAGACUGUAUGCAGGGAAGUGAGAGGAUUUUGGUCUAUGAGUAUAUGUCGAAUGGAAGCCUCGAUGCCUUUAUCUUUGGUGCUAUAUCGAGAAGGUUGUAUCUGGACUGGCCUGCAUGCUCUCAGAUAAUUAAAGGGGUAUCUGAGGGAUUGCUUUACCUUCAUAAGCACUGUGGACUACAUGUUAUACAUGGAGAUUUAAAGCCAAGCAACAUUCUCUUGGACUCCAACAUGCAUCCCAAGAUUUCUGAUUUUGGCUUGGCAAGAACAUAUAGUCCAGGUGUAGAGGAAGAGUUUGCCAACCGCAUAGUGGGCUCAAUUGGUUUCACCGCUCCGGAAUGUCGGGAAAGACGUCUUUUCUCAAUCAAAUCAGAUGUGUAUGGCUUCGGAGCAUUGCUUCUUGAGAUAAUAAGUGGACACAGAUGCUUUUCACUUGCAAGCGGAGAAUCUGGAGAUGAUCAUGGAUUUCUGAAUAGGAGGGCCUGGCAUUUAUGGAGAGCAGGAAGAUUGAUCAAGCUUGUCGGUGCACCCCUAGGUGAUGAAUCUGAGACUGAGAGGACAGACAUACUAAGAUGCAUCCAGAUAGCACUGCUGUGUGUCGAAGAGAACCCUGCAAACCGGCCUACCAUGCAGGAGGUUGUUCUGAUGCUCAGCUGCCAGGAUGUUACACUUCCUAUGCCUCAGCAACCAGCUUACCUCAAGACUGGAAUGGUGCUCGCACACUAAUAGGUCAUAACACGGGCCAAGCUGCUAGUGUAUUGAAAGAGCAUGACAACGUAGUGACUGAUAAGAAAUUUUCGUCUUGGUUUGUUUCAUGCUUAUGAACCAAAUUUGAAUAUCCCUGGAAAUCCUCAAAAUCUCUGUUCAAUGAGAGAGAUAUUUUAUAAAUCACGUUAAGGUGUGGUGUCACAUUUAAGGUGCAACCUUCCCAGUUUUUCACAUUGUUGGGGCUGCGCUUUAGGCCAUCACCUAAGGUUAGGGACUCUCUUUGUGUAAAAGAGGCUAAGUUAGAGGGUCUAAGAGCUUGUUCGGGAGGUUUAGGAACUUAGUUGCAACAUCCAGAGGCCUGUUUGUAAGUUCUAGGGACUUCUUUGUAAAUUCUAGGAAUCUUUUUGUAACAUUUGACCCUAUCAAUGAAAUAAAUAUAAACAACUGUCUUCUCCUC